AUGAUGUGGAACAUUGGCGUUUUGAGAGGGAUGGGGUUAACACAAGUGAUGGUUCAUCUUCAUCGUGAAACAACUCCCAGCUCUCUCUUCUUCCAACCACGAACAGCGCUGCCUUCCUCUCUCUCCGAUACGAAAUUAUUGUUUGUUUCUACCUUCAAUCAUCGUGGAGACUCAAAUCCUUCGCGGCUUCGUCACCUUCGAUUCGAAUUCGUCGUUUCUAUCAUUAUCUCCAUCGACUCGGCCUCCGUCUCAUGCUCUACGCUGAUCAUCGCAGCGUCACCAUCAUCAUCAACUUCAAGCUAUUCUUUUGCUUCUCCAAAUCGCAACACCGUCAUGAUUUCUCUCAUCAACAUCUUUGUCUCAGCUGAAUCGUAG